CGCUGGCUGCUUCAAGCGUAUGGCCGAGUGAGCGUUUGUUUUCACUUCCUCUCUUUUCUAUUCCUCACUUCUUCAUCGUCGCUCUGAGGUGACAUGAGUCACCCGUAUCAGAUUGCAACUCUUUGCAAUGUUCAGAGUUUUGCGCCUCAUGGUCUUUUGUUGGCAGCAUGCGGCAGUCGAAUUGUUUCUGUAAAGGUUGCAGACGGCUCAAUUGUAUCGCAAUGGCCUGAGCAAAAGAACAACGGUCCUGAAGAAACGGCUUCAGAAGGCCCUCCGGGCAAAAAGCGCAAACUUGAGCCAGAAGCAGCAGCUACUCCCAAUGUCAUCAAGAUUACGCUUUCCGCCGACAACCAACAUGUAGUCGCUGUGACCGAUGACAAGGCGGUCAGAGUCUUGGAAGUAACCGAGAAUGGUAAGCUGAAUGAGUUGAGUGAAAGAGUUAUGCCUAAACGUCCUUGUGCGGUCUUGGUGACUCCUGACAACAAGACUAUCUUGUGUGGUGAUAAAUUUGGAGAUGUGUAUUCCCUGCCUCUGUUCCCCGCAGAGAAGGCCGAGCAGGUCGGAGAGUCUCCUAAGAUUGAAACCAAGGAGGACGUCGGGCCCAAGAAAUACGUCCCUGCAGCAACGACGUUGACCGUCCACUCUGGUCGCAAUCGAAAGGCUUUAGAAAAUCAGAUGAAGCAGAAGGAUCUGCAAGCCAAAGCCAAAGAGGGGCCCAAAUUCGAAUACCAACUUCUCCUUGGACACGUUUCAAUGCUGACGGAUGUCCAAUUCGCGACUGAGGAGGUCGAGGGCAAGACUCGCGGCUACAUCAUCACGGCUGAUAGGGACGAACACAUCAGAGUCUCUCGUGGUCCUCCACAAGCACACAUCGUUGAGCGUUUCUGUCUCGGGCACAAGGAAUUCAUCAGCAAGGUCUGCCUCCUAUCUAGGACUAAGCUUCUGGUGAGCGGUGGUGGAGACGACUGGUUGGGUCUCUGGGAUUGGCGGGCUGGCAGCCUCACAGAAAAGCGUGAUAUGAGAUCUGGUCUCGUGGCUCUCUUCUCUCGAUCUGAGGACCCCUCAUUCGGAGCAGAGAGCCCAAUCGCAGUGUCGGGGCUUUGGGUUGUACCCACACAAGAUAAGGAAACUGCAAUCCUCGUCGCUUGUGAGAAGUUACCGUGCCUUCUGGUAUCGACACAGGGCUCAACCUCAAUCGAUCCCUUCCGCAUGGAUGGAAUUCGUCUGCCCGGUGUUCCCUUGGAUGUUACUGUAGUUGGAGAUGUUGUCGUUGUCUCGAUGGAUGUCACUGAAGUAUGUUGUCUCUUGGUUUCUUAGAAGGCACGGCAAGCUAACAGCACAAAGGCGUCAUUCCCGCGUCUACAGGCUUACAGAAUACGCAACGCCGAAUCCCGGAUCAGAUUCGAGCUCGAUGAGGAUUUCAAC